ACACACGAGGAGUCAGUCGUAAACAACCCAACAACCCGGGGAGAAGGUGGCCUUCCGGCCCUGGUGAGUCACUGCUCAGCCCUGGACCUGCCUCCUGAUGGCCAGGCCGCACCCUGCCAGCCCCUCUGCGCUGCCGUCCCGGGGUGAGCUGGCAUCUCACUGCGUGGUGCUGUGAGCACGAAUGGGAGUUUGGGCCAGGCCGGGGCCUUGCUCUGAGCAGGCUCCUUAAACCCUUGCUGACCGAGGCAGCACUGGAGGGGCCCGGCAGGGCCUGGGCUGGGCUCCCAGGCCUGGUCAUGCUGCCAGGUCGUUGUGGGGGGGCCCGGCCACUGUGGGCCAUGCCCUUGUUCUGUGAGAUUUCACACUCUGCACAUCUCCAGCCCACCAGGCCACCCAAGCCGCCUCACUCCCUGUCCUAGUGCCUGAGGUCUUGGCACCGGGACUUCGCCCAGGGUUAAACAUUAGUAGCGGAUUAUCAGUCUGGGGGCCGGGGAGGGUGCGAUUACACUUUCACCCGCGUCUCUUCUGCUGGAGCCACCAGCACCUGCCCCUGCUAGACAAUGCCCGUGGAGGAGUUUGUGGCCGGCUGGAUCUCCGGAGCUCUGGGCUUGGUCCUGGGACACCCCUUCGACACUGUAAAGCUCCUGGGCUUCUUCAAGGGAAUGAGCUUCCCCAUCGCAAGCAUAGCUGUGGUCAACUCUGUCCUCUUCGGGGUCUAUAGCAACGCCCUGCUGGCCCUGACCGCCACCUCCCACCAGGAGCGGCGGGCCCAGCCGCCCAGCUACACGCACGUCUUCAUAGCCGGCUGCACCGGGGGCUUCCUGCAGGCCUAUUGCUUGGCCCCUUUCGACCUCAUCAAAGUCCGACUACAAAACCAGACUGAGCCAAGGGCGAAGCUGGGGAGCCCCCCGCCCCGAUACCGGGGGCCCGUGCACUGUGCAGCCUCCAUCUUCCAGGCCGAGGGGCCCCGGGGGCUGUUCCGGGGAGCCUGGGCCCUGACACUGAGGGACACUCCCACCAUGGGAAUCUAUUUUGUCACCUAUGAGUGGCUCUGUCGCCAGUCCACACCAGAUGGCCAGAACCCCAGCUCAGCCACGGUGCUGGUGGCAGGUGGCUUUGCCGGCCUCACCUCCUGGGUCACAGCCACCCCCUUAGACGUGAUCAAGUCCCGGAUGCAGAUGGCCGGGCUGAAGCAGAGGGUGUAUCGGGGGCUGCUGGACUGCAUGGUGAGCAGCGCCCGGCAGGAAGGACUGGGGGUCUUCUUCCGGGGGCUCACCAUCAACAGCGCCCGCGCCUUUCCUGUCAACGCUGUCACCUUCCUCAGCUACGAGUACCUCCUCCACUCCUGGGGGUGAACCUGGCCCGGCGAGGCCAGCGGCUCCCUAGCGAGACCACCGCCCAACUGCCCAGUUUGGAGGCUAAGGUGAUGAGCAUCAGGACGCGAUUCGGAUGCGAGGAGAGGCACCUUCAGAUGUAGAGGGAGUUGGGGAGACAGUUUGGGGAGCAGGGGGCCUGGGGGCCCGGACUCCACCCAGAAUCCAAGGCUAGCCUCAGCCUCCCAGCUCCCCGGCCUUGAUUCCUUCACUUCCUGAGUCUGCGAAGUAAACUCACAGCCCGUGGUGCCGGUGCUAGUCCGGCCCCAUCCUGUGAUCCUGUGACUUCACCCUUUUAAGAGCUCCGGAGCCUCUGCUCAGCCUCCUGCUAACUCGCCACCCCCUGGAUUCCAGGGACGACCUCCCAGCUGCCUCCCACCUGACCUCCCCUCUAAGCUCUCCCCGCGUGAACUAGGAGCAGCCUCAUAUCUCCUUCAGCCCAAAAUCCUUCAUGGGCUCCAUCACCUUCAGGAAAAAGCCCCAACUCCCCCUCCUCCCGGCCCCCUUCCCAUCAGCUUUCCUGCCCCUUGGGUCUCAGCAGCCCCACCUGCUCGAGGUCCCUAAACAAGCUGUGCUCCCUCACUGCCUUCCACCUAGAGGGCUCAUUCCCUCUGGGGCAGCAGUGGGCAGUGCCUGCAGGGUGACCCCGCCGUGCCUGGGGCUGAGCACCGGCUCCUGGAGUCCUUUCCUCCGCUCGCCUCCCCUUGCUCAGAACUGACUGGGGUUUGCAGACCACACGCCUUGAUCACGGCCUUCGCCUGGGCUUUAUCACGGUUAUGGGUCUGCUUCUCGGCUUCCCAGUUAGACUGGGCGCUCCUCGAGGUCAGGGGUCAUACUCUGAUUGCUUCCCAGCAUGGAGCCCAACAGGUGCCUGGUCCAGGGCGUGCACACCCCACCUCCGUGCCGCCCUCCAACUGCCAUGACAACUACCUCGGUUCUGGACCCCCCUCCACCGCCCUGGUGAGGUCUGCCUGCCCGGCCCCACUCAGGUCAUCCCAGGGGAGCAGUGCUGGAGUCGGGGGUGCCAGCCUCACACACUCCCAUCCAUGGCACUUGUCUUUAGUCAUUUCAAUUGCCAAAUGGGAAUUAAAAACUGGCUGAAAGAUUUCACUUAAUUGGCAAUAAAGUGAGCAGAAUUCGUACCGGCUAA